AUGGAAAGACCAAAAAAAAAAAAAAGAUUCUGCAGUAAUGGAGCCAAAAGCCUGACUUUGCCAGCCAUACCACCAUUUGCACCAUCAGCACCAUCAGCACCAUCAGCACCUGCUGUGACAGUCCCUGAACCAAGACAAGAUGAAAGAGAACUCCGGCUCUACCAGAUGCUGGAAGAGAUAAAGGGUCAGGUCAGGCAGAAUACGCUCCUCCUUCAGGCGAUUUUGCGAAGAGAGAAUGCUGCUGAAGUUGUGAAUGAGGAGUUUCAGUUUCCAUUAAGGAGCAUGACCGGCAUAAAAGAUUUGGAGGAUAGGCUGUCAAACAGAGACACACAACGUUCUCUAACAAGAUAUCUUACCAGCUUGGGUGGAACAUCUGCUAAAGACAUUGUCCACAGAAUGAUGAGGGAAAUAAUGACCAAUGAGUUGGCCAACAAUUUUAAUUGGCAAGGGAGAGGACAGAAGAGCCCAUUUUCUACACUUUUGCUAGCAAAAGUUGUCAUAGAUGCAGCCAAAAGACAAGGGGCAAAAGUGGUGGAAGCAGAGGAAAAAAUAAAAACCUGGCUGAAGUAUAGUGGAGACCGAAAUGGAGGAAGAAAAAAAAGAGCAAUAGAAAAAGAAAAGCAGAUGCCUCCCCCUCAAUUAGAUUCCAGCAGCAGUGAAAGUGAAUGAGUAUGCUGCUUCUCCUCCUCCGCUCCGUCUUCAUCGUCAGAGCAACUCAGUGUUUUUUGUUUUUGUUUGUUUGUUUGUUUUUUGCCUCCUUCUGCAUUUUCUUUGCCACCUUUUUUGUCAA